CAGUAGACAUUUUUCGAUAUUUUGCAUAAUAUAAUUUUCAAUUUAAUGUAUCUUAUCGCGGACAUACGUGAGUAUCGAGUGUAGUGACGUGUCGUUUACCGUUACGUUAUCAUCGCGAAGCGGAAAUCCCCUGUGCGGAGCGUCGAUGUUGCGUAUCACGCAACGCAAUGUGUUUUGCCAACGGAUCAUAUUUUUUUCACCGAAACGAUCUGACAAAUUGCGAGCGCGUAGCUUCCUGAUGUCGGAUGUACCUCUCAACUGCUAGCGUUGUGCGUUACAAACGUGCGCGUUACUGCAGACACGCGCAUCCGCCAGGUCCGACCUGAUCGAGAUCGCGCGACUGUUUCGCUUUGCGUGAGAUUGGCGAACCAAUAAAAAGUUACUUCUGACUUCUCACUUGUGAUACGAGUACCCUUAAAAAUACCAAACAUGACGGAGGACAUGUUAGGUGCGGACAUCUGCAGGGUUUGUCGAUCGGAGGGCGUUGUGGACAGACCUCUGUUCCACCCGUGCAUCUGCACGGGUAGCAUCAAAUGGAUACAUCAGGAGUGUCUGGUACAGUGGAUGCGCUAUUCGCGCAAGGAGUACUGCGAACUCUGCGGCUACCGCUUUUCGUUCACACCUAUAUAUAGUCCAGACAUGCCGCGUCGUUUACCAUUAAGAGAUGUCGUAGGUGGUUUAUUCUCGAGCAUAGUCACUGCUGUGAAGUACUGGCUGCACUACACAUUGGUAGCAAUUGCGUGGCUGGGCGUCGUUCCCUUAACCGCGUGUCGCACGUAUAGAGCGCUGUUCAGUGGCCCACUCGAUUUAGUCCGAAUUAUGUCGUUACCGAUGGAUGUGUUCUCCACCGAAAAUAUAUCAUCGGAUGUGUUCCAUGGCUGUUUCGUGGUCACUUGCACGUUGUUCGCGUUCAUCGGUCUGGUGUGGCUGCGCGAGCAGAUCUUGCAUGCGGGAGGCCCGGACUGGCUCGAAAGGGACAAUGUGCAGUUGCCACCAGUCGACAAUCCGCCACAAGCUAACGCACAACAACCGCAGCAACCUCAAGAGCAACGUGUCAUACCUCAAGAGGUUCAGGAUAACAAUAACAUACCUCCUUUCGUCGUUGACCCGCCUGUUCCGCAAGGAGAUCUACAUAACGAAGAUGAACGUCCAAUCUAUCGAGAAGCGGCAGAAAACCUGGCCAAUAAUCCUAGAAUUGGCGAAGCUGAGGAUUUAAUGCGAGACGUACAGGCGCCAGCCGUCCUCGCGCCACCUCUUCCAUUCCGAGACGAACUUGGCGCAGAUGGUGCACAAGCGAAUGUCGCGGCUGGAGAGCGCUGGGGGAGAGGUCACGCGGUGCAAGCACAUAUUGUAGGACAGGCGCAGGGUGAAGCCGAAGAGGCCAAUUGGAAUCCCAUGGAGUGGGAUAGACCCGCCGAGGAGCUCACGUGGGAACGUCUCCUGGGGUUAGAUGGGUCUCUUGUCUUUCUUGAACAUGUCUUCUGGGUUGUAUCCCUAAACACCCUGUUCAUUAUGGUAUUUGCGUUUUGCCCAUAUCAUAUCGGUCAUUUCGCGAUAGCUGGACUAGGACUACAAGAGCACGCAGCAGCGUCGCACUUCGAAGGCCUGGUGACUACGUUGUGCGGUUACUGCGUCAUCGGGGUCUGCUUGGUGGUCCUCCAUACUCUCACCGCUCUGUUAGGUUUCCAGCGUUCUCAACGAAUACUAGGACUCUGCUAUGUUAUCGUCAAGGUUUCUUUGCUCUCCGUCGUGGAGAUCGGCGUACUUCCAUUAGUCUGCGGCUGGUGGCUGGACAUUUGCUCACUGGCGAUGUUUGACGCCACGCUCAGAGAUAGAGAAUCUUCAUUCAGGCUAGCACCUGGCACAUCCAUGUUUAUUCACUGGCUGGUGGGAAUGGUCUACAUUUAUUAUUUCGCCUCGUUCAUCCUUCUCUUACGGGAGGUCCUGCGGCCCGGAGUUCUCUGGUUCCUGCGAAAUCUGAACGAUCCUGAUUUCUCCCCGAUACAAGAGAUGAUACAUCUUCCCAUAUUCCGGCACGUGCGGCGACUGGUCGCGUCCGCGAUCAUAUUCGGCACGGCGAUUCUGCUGAUGCUGUGGCUACCGGUGAAAAUUCUGAGGUGGGCUUGGCCUGGAUUUCUACCUUACACCGUAACCGUGCAGAGCGAAGCUCAGGUCAGCGAACUUUCAUUGGAACUGCUGCUGCUACAAGUUAUCCUUCCCGCGUUACUGGAACAGUCGCACACGCGCACGUGGCUGAAAGCCCUCGUGAGAGCGUGGUGCCGCGUAGUAGCGUGGAUGCUAGACCUGCAGUCGUAUCUCCUGCGUGAUCAGGCGGACGAUCCGGGACCGGCAAUUAUCGAAGAGCCUCAACAUCCGGACCUGGGCGCCGCGCAUCAAGCGCUGUUGCAGCGGGAAGGACCCACGGGAUUUCAACCGUACGUCAGACCGCGUUGGUUUCCCGCAAGAUUGGUUGGUCUUCUUUUCUGCGUUUGCGUGUCCCUCGUGAUCGCCAGCUUGGUUGCUAUGACUCUACCCGUAUGGCUCGGACGUAGGGUAAUGGCGUUAUGGAUGGUGGGAGCACCCGCUCCAUCACCACCUGUCCUCCCACCCACGUUACCUGGAUCCGACGGCGGCGAGACCGUGGGCCCUCUUUCCGGAAGAGUACACGAGGUAUACACGGUGGCAUGUGGGACGUACGUGUGUUGGGCCGCGGCACGGGGCUUGGCACUGGCGUUCUCCUGGUUGCCCCGUGGCCGAAGAGCCAUCGUAGAUCGAAUUAAACACUGGGCGAUCCUAGGCGUAAAAGCUUCAGUGGCAUUUGUGUUGCUUGUCGGUGUCAUACCGCUCCUCUUCGGUCUUCUUCUCGAGUUAGUAGUGGUGGUUCCGUUGCGCGUCCCAUUGGAGCAAAAUCCCAUUCUAUUCAUCUGGCAAGAUUGGGCCCUGGGCGUGUUAUACACGAAGAUUGCUACUGCCGUGACGAUGAUGGGGCCCGAUUGGCGUAUACGUCUUGCCAUCGAGCGCGCGUACAAUGACGGAAUCAGGGAGAUGGAUUUGAAAUUCGUUAUUACGGAACUAGCGGCCCCUGUUAUCUGUUGUUUCGGUCUCGCCCUCGCAGUUCCCUACGCCGUGGCCUAUGGGAUAGUUCCACUCCUCGUGACUAAUUUGCAGACGCAGAUCCUUAUCGCCAGACGUCUAUAUCCCUUCCUUCUACUAGUAAAUUUGGUUUGCGUAGCGAUCUGCUUUCAGAUACGCCAGUUUAAAAAGUUGUACGAGCAUAUUAAGAAUGACAAAUAUCUCGUGGGGCAAAGGCUUGUAAAUUACGAGCAUCGCAAUAAAUCGCAAACGCAGCAGCAUCAAUCGCAAAGAUCGAGCUAACGACACCAAUAAGCAUAAGCAUAAUACUGCGGCGAAAGGUGAAUUAGGAUUAGCUUCGUGUACAUUCUUUAACAAAUGCGAUGAUUGAUAAUUUAUAUUAGAGUCAUGGUCUUAUUUUUAAUAUUAUAAUUUAUUGAUGUAAGCGAUACUGAAUAAAUCAAAAAGACUGUUAUCCAACGUAUCGCUUUUCACUUCGGUGCUUCGCAACAUUUAACAUCAUGCGUAUCUCAAUCUAUAUAUGGUAUCCCGAUCCAAUAACGCGAAUUAGUAGCGCGUUAUCUUUAACUUGGUAACUACUGAGUUAAAAAUGUUCAUUCUAUUAAAAAAAAACCAUCGCACAAAAUAACCGAUCCGACAAGUUCGUGGAAUAUUAGUUCCUUCGAAUUUUUAUGAAAUUAUGUCCGUGUUGUUGUAAUUAUCAUAAGCAUUAUUUUUCAAUUCUGUUUGAUUUAAAGUAUUGACAAAAAUUAUUGGCAUACGUAAUAGCUCCAAAGAACAAAUAUCCAUCGAAUUAAAGAGAAGCAAAUGCGGAAGUAAGGAAAUGAUACUAUAGAGAUAUAAAUGUACAGAUCGUUGUAAAGUUCGAAAAUUCUUUAGAUAUCGUAUUAACACUUAAAUUGCCGCGUCAUCCGUAAAUAGGUGACGCAUGAGUUUCUGCAGAAGCCCCGUUACCUAUGUAUGAGUGACGUUUUUUAAUAACUUAAGUAAAAGUGAUUUUAUUAUAACUAUAUUCAUAGAGACAUUGAAUGCAAAUAAAAUAAAAUAUCAUUUGUAUAAUAUUGUAUUAAUAUAAGAAACAACAUUAAUAUUGUAAUCUAAACUGAUAUACGGUUGCACGCGUUGCAAUUUUGGACCCCGUGGGGCUCGCGCUCGAAAUUAGCAGGGCAGUCUAAGUGUUAAUGUAGAAAAAAAAAUAUGAAAGUACAUAUUGUCUAGUAAUAUAAAAUGAUAUAAAGACAAAUUUGAUCUGUACAUUAUAAUCUAAAUCAUCACAUUUGACGAGGUGAUAACGAAUGAUUUUUCGUAUGAUAUGCUUGGUACAAUAUCUUUUCGAAAUAUCAUUUCUUAUCGGAUAUUUUUCUAUAAAAAUUAAUUCUCCAAUUAAUGUUUUAUACGAAAUAAUAUGCUACGAUAAAAACUGUACAUUUAUAAAUUAUCCUUACUUAUAUUUUCUGUAAUGACAAUUCGUGUUUAUCUGGAUAACUAAUGAAUUAAUUGACUAAAAAUAUAUCACAUUUAACACACUCAAAUAAGCUUCUGAUAUUUUAUUAUCUAUUAAUGUAUAAAUAUAAAACAUAUGAAUAGAAUAUAAAAAUAUUUUAAUUUUGCACUGAAAAAACCGUGUUACAAAAACUUCAAAGGCGACAUAUUAUUUAUUAAAAAUUAUACAAAUACAAGGAAAUAUACAAUUAUCAAGAG